CCUUCUACUGCAAGCAUUUCCGCUUUCUUCUCACGUUAUUCCGGGUCUCCGGCUUUUGAUUAUUUGGGCGCGAAGUAGUCUGAGCUCAAGUUCCAGAGAGACUGAAGAAGAAUCAGUCAGUGAUCGAGAUGCCUGGUAAAGCAAAUGCUUCUAAGAAGAAGUCUCAACAGUUGAAAAGAAGUUCAAAAAGAAAAAUUGRUAAUGAGGAACUGGAGUUGUCCAAGAAACAGGUUAGAAACACAGGAAAAAGAAAUAAAAAUCAUCCAAAGAAUUUGUCUUCUGAAGAACAAAUAAAACAUACUAAUCUAAAACAGAUAAAGAUAGCAUCCAACAAGAGAAAAACCUGGCAACUUCUUUCAAACAGUACCAGAGAGCAUUUGCAAACUAUGAUAGAAUCAGUAAUAAUAGCAAUUUUGAGUAACAAAAUUAAAGAAAAGGAACAAAUACAAUGUCAUCUCAACUACCUGAAGAUAAGAUUACUACAGUUGUGUGAAACUAUGAAAGUCCCUCCCAGAAAGCUGAAAUAUUUAACUGAUGUUUCAAAUCUACUGAAAAUGGAAAAGGCACAAGAAACAGCUAAUGAAGAAGGUUUGGCAUUAUUGCAGGAAGAAAUAGAUAAAAUGGUAGAGACCACAGAAUCAAUGACUGAAAAUAUUCAUAGACUAAAGAACAAAAUUCAAAUUGUGGCACAUGAGGUAGAAGAAGAGGAGGAAAAGGUAAAACAGAUGCUUCAAAUGGAUUGUAGUGGGGUACUCUCUCUUCCAGAACUUUCUCAGAACAGUCUUAAAGCACCCACACUUCACAAAGAAAUUUUGAUGCUAAUUCCAAACCAAAAUGCUCUUCUAAAGGACUUGGAUGUUCUUCACAGUUUAUCCCAGAUGAAGAACUUGUCAAUGUUCAUCGAAGAAGCCUAUAAGAAACUAGAUGCCUCAUAAAGAAUUUUUUUUUAAGAUUGUUUCAUAUUAAUUUAAUGUUUAUGAAUUUAUAAAACUGUUAACUUAUGAUUGUAUUACAGAGGCCAAAGCCUAGUAUGCACUUAAAAUUAGCAUCUAAUGUAGUCCUGAAAACUCUGUUUAGAGCAGCUGCUAAAUCUAGAAGAUCAAUAUUUAUAUUGUUGUAUCUUGCAGUUAUUUGCCUAAACACAUAAAAUAAUAGUCCUGACCUAAUGAUUUAUAAUGACUGUAUGAAGCUCAUUUAUUGGUUAGCAUAUAAUUGUCAUAUCGUGACUUCUUAUAUAUAAAGUGUUUAUGUAUAGUGCCUAAUGAAUAAUUAUGUAAGUAUUUGCUGUCACUCAUUCUUUAGCUGAUAGCUUGUUUUUUGUUGUUGUUGUUGUUUUUGUCUAGUCACCUGGAACUUGAGAAAUUCCCAAAUGCCUUCACUUUUACCUAACUCACAAACUUUUUGUGGAGUGAUUAAGACUUGCCAGGUAUCUUUAACUUUAAAAGUAACAUCAAAUUUUAUUUCUUUGGUUGGUUAAGGAAUAGAUGUUGAAUAUUUAUUUUCUGCCUUCAUCAAAGUAUAGUUUUAUUUUUAAAAAUUAUUAUUAAACAGGAACCUAAGCACAUUUAGACCUUGAAACAAAAAUCAACCAAAAAACUGUUUUGAGAAAGCUGAGUGUAUAAGAACUGACUGCCAAAGGUAAACUAUAUUGAAACCUAAGAAGGCAGUGGACAAAUUCAGGAUUAUAUAAAAUGCAGUUUAUUAAAGACUGUAAAGAAUCCCUUUACCCUACAGCAGGAGGAAGGUAUCUCACAGCCAACCAAAAUGCACCUUGGCUUUCUCAAAUACUGUUAACAUGUCAAAAGUCAGUCAAGAGACAAUUCAGGUGUUAGUGUCCCACACAAAUGCUUAGCUGACUAACUUAAUGAAUUUGCUUAUUGUACAGAGUUUGGAAUACAUAGUCACCAUGGUGACCACCAGGGUCACCUGGUGACCAGAUGAUGUUUACUACUUAUGUGGCUAUUGUCAUUUUAAACUGGACCCCCACAAAUCCCUUUCUUAUAAAUUUGUCCUUAUUAUGUAGUAAGCUUAUUUGUGUCAAUAAGUGAUUGCUAUAAAUAUAUGAAAAAACUUUCCUAAACCACUACUGUAUAUUGUCUUAGUUCUUUUAUCUGUUUGUAAA